UUGACACAUCACACAACUAGAAGCACUUUCAAUUGAUAGAACACGAUCUUAUUUUUGAAAUUUUAAUGAUAUUGAAUUGGUUUAUGAAAAUAUGAAUCUAUAAUAUACAAUUAUAAACAUAUUCCAAAAUAAUAAUUCAUGUCAAUUACCAACGAUGAAUAACUUACACGUUAUUAAUAUUUUAUGACUCGCCGCUGGUUUUAAUAAUAUGUUUCUCGUGACCUAAUCAGUGUUAUAAACAAAACAUUUUAUACCAUGUCGGAAGUAAAAGGAACAAAGGCGCUCGAGUUAUGGUGCAAACGACUGGUGAGAGACUGUCCUGAUGUUCAGAUAGAUAAUAUGACAACAUCCUGGAGAAAUGGAAUGGCGUUUUGUGCACUUGUGCAUCACUUUAGGCCCGAUUUAAUAGAUCUGUCAAAAUUAGAUCCUGAGAACAUUUAUGAAAACAACCGUUUGGCAUAUAGUAUUGCAGAAAAACAUUUAGGCAUUCCAGCACUAUUAGAUCCUGAGGAUAUGGUAGAAAAUGAUGUGCCAGAUAGACUAUCAAUACUAACAUAUUUGUCUCAGUUCUAUCAGCGUCUUGGACACACAGUUAAUACAAAGGUUUCAGAGAGUGAGUCGAAAUCAUCGCCAUCUUCACAAUCAACAACACCAAUCAAGUUUGGAAAAGUGGCUCUGGACAAGUGUGCCGCUUGUGGACUUCCUGUAUACCUAGCACAAAGACUUAUGGUCUCACAGAAACUGUACCAUAGACAAUGUUUCCGAUGCUCCAAAUGUUCUGGACAUUUGAAUCCUAAAAACUUUCAUAUUAUUAAAGAAAAUGAAUUUUCUUGUGAUACUUGUAAAAAUGAAAAGAAUAUAUCCAAAUAUCUUAACAAUAAUGAUCAAAUGGGAAUGCUGGCAUUCAAUAAUGAUACAUGUAGCACAAACCAAGAAACCUUAAAGGAUGACUUAAAGGUUACAAGGGAUAAAACAAGACCCCAGUCAAUAUUAGAAAAAAUAAAUAUGUUUGAAAACAUAGAUAAAGAUAUCAGUAUUGAAAAUAAAUUAGGAAAUAUUAGUUUAAAAGAUAAUUUGAUUAGUAAUAAAUAUAAGGAUAGUGCUAAUAACAUUAGCAGUUCUAGCACUAAAACAGAAGAUUGUGGUGAUAUGGAAAGUACUCAUAGUGUAACAGAUGGAAAUGAUGAUGAACUAUUGGAAAAAGAAAACAAAAUAUUGUACAGAUCAACUCCAGAAAAAGUAUAUAAAAGUAAUAUUGAUAAACUAAAUUUUUUACAAACGCAACUAACUGAACAACAAAAUUUGGAAUCCCAAGCAAAAGAAGCAGAAGUAAAUAAGCCAGAUAUUGAAGAUGAUUUAACAGAAAGUGUUCCAAAGAAUGACAUUUCCUUAAAUGAUUUAAAAAGUAAUAUAACUGAUGAUAGUAGGUUAGCUCAAAGCACAAAUAAAAAAUUAGACACAGAAUUAAUAGAUCAUAACUCACAUUCGGAUUUGGAUAUAUCUAUUCAAAAGGAGACAGAGGUAAAAAUAAAUGUCCCUCCAAGAAGAAAAAAAAAUAGUGCAUUGAAUAAAAAAGUUGAACAUGACAAUAAUGAAAAACUAAAGAAAAGCGAUAAAGAUUACCCUGACUAUUUAAAUCCCUUCUCUGAUGAAGAGGACGAGCCUGAGCUUCAGCAAACUCAAAGGAGAGUGAGUACCAACCCAUUUGGAAGCAGCGAUGAUGAAGAUGAUGCAGUGCCUCCUAUAAGUUCUCCCCCAAAAAUUCCGGAUGUACAAUCAUCAACACCUAUCAAACGGCACAUAACAGCGUAUAACCCGUUUUGGUCUGAUGGCGAAGAACCUUCUACAGAUGAAGAGUAUGACAGUAUGAGUAGCAUGCACAAAUCUCCAAUCACGGCCAGUACUCCGAACCUACCGUCGAGCACGCCUCGCCGCAGGAAGCCAAAGGCGCCUCCUCCGCCCGUUAUCAGUAUAAGUGAACACCACGACAUGCCUGCCACGUCUAUGGACGAUGUGGCCAGUCUAUCCUCUAUGAGUUCACAUACGUCCACUGCACAUUCCGACCAGAAAUCGUUUGGCAAAUUAACUCCAAAUUCAAGGAAAAAGCGUCCCGCUCCCUCACCACUCGACAGCCUAUCAAAUGUGUCCGGCUGUGGGGGCUCGCUCGAGCGAGGCGUAGAUACUUCGACCACACGCAGCAAUCUAUCUGAUGGUGGUCGUAAAACGAAAGGACCAGCACCAGGCUUACCCUUACCUGAACGACGUGAAGUUAAAAUGCAAAUGUCACCGGAGGAACUUCAAGUUCAACUAGAUUUACUUGAGACGCAACAGCUUGGACUAGAGAGGCAGGGUGUCCUCAUCGAGCAGAUGAUACGCGACAAGUGUGAGGGUGAUGAAGCGUCAAUGGCGCCCCAGGAAGAGAUAGAGGACUUAGUUAUUCAACUAUGUGAACUAGUCAAUGAAAAGAAUGAUUUGUUUAGAAAACAAACUGAACUAAUGUAUAUUCGGAGACAACAGCGUCUGGAACAGGAGCAGGCAGAUAUUGAACAUGAAAUUAGAGUCAUUCAAUCUCGUCCUGCAGUUAAUCGUAUUGACGCUGACAAAGCUCGUGAGGAGCAACUGGUAUGCCGUUUGGUAGAAAUUGUUCGCAUGAGGGAUGAAUUGGUACAACAAAUUGAUGCGGAGAGAAGACGUGAGCGGCAAGAAGACCUGGCAAUCGCUGCCUCCAUCGCCAGUAAGAGAGCUCAGAGAAAUAGCGACUCUAACAGCUCAUCUAUUAAAUCGACCGAGGUUGUUACACCCGUGAAGAAAAAUAAAGUCAAGGAUAAAGUUAAAAAGCAAUUAAAAAAGGCUAAACAUACCCUAAUCGCUAAGAAAAAAGAUGAAGAAAAAAAAGACAAAAUGACAUGAGAUAUUUUUGAAUUUGUAUCGCAUUUUAAUUUACUUUUGUGAUUAUUCAAAAGUCAAGACGUACUUAAUCACAUAGACUGAAGAUUUAACAUUCCAAUGUUUUGUACUGUAAUGAAUUGUAUUUUAAAUAUGUACCGUGUAUAAUCAACAAACCAAAACACAUAUCUUAGAAAUUACAAACAUCAUUAGUUAACACUAGCUGCGCCCCGCGGCUUCACUCGCGUAAGUCCGUAUCCCGUUGGAAUAUCGGGAUAAAAAGUUGUGUAUGUAAUUCCAGUUGUUCAACUGUCUACGUACCAAAUUUCAUUGCAACCGGUUCAGUAGUUUUUGCGUGAAAGAGCAACAAACGCACACACAUACUUACAAACUUUCGCAUUUAUAGUAAGUAGGAUGUUAACUUUAUCUCAUGUCACGUUCACUAGAGUUGAUAUACUUUAGAAUCUCCAAAUUGUAAUACAGAUCAAAGUAUAGCGUAUAUUUUAUUUGGAAAUAAGACAUCCUAUUAUAACAGGGUAGAGAUUGCAAUUCGUAUUAAAAUCAUUUUCAAUUCAAAUAAGUUGAAGAAAUAUGCAAAACUACGCAAAGAUUUUAUACUCUUAUAUAUUUUUUAAUUAUAAGAGAAUUUCUUCUUUUUUAAUUUCUAAGCUGUUUAUCUCAUUCUAUCUAUUAUAAUUAUUAAAACUAAUAUAAAAUUAAUACUACACAUACCUGAAUUUUAAACAUAAUGCAAGGUUUAUAUUAUUUACUAACAAAUAACAAGUAUUAACAUUAUAGGUAUGAAAUAAUGUGAUGAAAGGUUUGUCUAAGGGCUUUCAAAAAAACCUCCCAAAAACUACAUAUAAACAAGGUAAUACUCACAAUACACUACACCUUAUUUUCUUUCAGAGGAAUGCAUGAAUUUAUAACAUUUAAAAAAUGAUAUUAUUAAAAGCUAACUACUUAACAUAAGCGCACAUAAAAUUAAAUAUUAUAUAAAAAGCACAAAAACAAAUAUUUAUAAAAUAAAAGGUUAUUUUACUUAUA